AUGUCUUACAUUACUGUCGCGGCGGCCACGCUACCCAGUGUCCCGCUGGACUUUGAGGGCAAUCUUGCCCGCAUUCUAGAGAGUCUGCGCAUCGCUAAAGCAAAGGGCGCAAAGCUCCGAACCGGUCCCGAGCUCGAGAUUCCCGGCUACGGCUGCCUCGACCACCACUUGGAAUACGACACCUUUCUACACAGCUGGGAGGUCCUGGCCAAGAUUAUUGACGAUCCAGUAUGCAAGGACAUGCUUGUCGACCUGGGCAUGGGCGUCCGCCACCGGAACAUCCGCUACAACUGCCGCGUGCUCUGCACAUACCGCCACAUCUUCCUCAUCCGCCCCAAGAUGAGUCUGGCCAACGACGGUCUCUACCGCGAAGCUCGCCACUUUACUGCCUGGAGCAAACCGAGAACUAUUGAGACAUAUUACCUCGAGAAGAUCCUGCGCGACAUUACCGGCCAGCGAACGGUGCCUAUUGGUGAUGUCGUCCUCUCGACCAUGGACACGUCUGUUGGCUGCGAAACGUGUGAGGAGCUGUUUACACCAUCAAACCCCUCGACAUAUAUGGGCCUGAACGGCGUCGAGGUGAUUCUAAACUCGAGCGCGUCACAUGCCGAGCUGCGUAAGCUGCGCACGAGACUCGACUUGAUCCAGAACUGCACGCGCAAGUUGGGCGGUAUCUAUGUGUAUGCGAAUGCGACGGGUGUGGAUGGCGAGGCGCGCAUGAUGUUUGAUGGCUCGUCUAUGAUUCUUAGCAACGGCCACGUCCUGAACCAGUCGUCGCAGUACUCUCUGCAGCCUGUAGAGGUCAUUACUGCGACAAUUGAUCUCGAAGACGUGCGCAGUCACCGCAGCAGCAUUGCGCGCAAUGUUCAGGGUGCCGCGCAGCCCGACUAUCCCAGAGUAGACUGCGAUUUGUAUCUUUCGCGGCCGGCCGACGAGGUCUUUCUGUCCGACGACUUGCAUCUGGCGAAGCACAUUGAUAUUAAGAUCCACGACCCCAUGGAGGAGAUUUACAUGGCUGAAGCAGCGUACCUGUGGCAGUACCUCACGCGAUGCAGCGCCGGCGGUUUCUUCUUGCCGCUUUCGGGCGGUCUAGAUAGUGCAACGGUGUGUCUGUUUGUCUUUGGCAUGGCGACGGCCGUGCUCAAGUCUAUCAAUGAGGGCGACAAGAAUGCGCUGGCGGACCUGCGACGCAUCACUGGUGUCAAGGACCUCGUCCCCAAGAAGCCACAGGAUAUCACAUCGCUUCUUCUGCACACGUGCUACAUGGGAACCAAGAACAGCGGCGCGCAGACUCGAUCCCGCUCGAAGAGACUGGCCGAGGCCGUGGGUGCGUUCCACUCCGACGUGAAUAUUGACGAUACGGUUUCAGCACACGAGGGCGUCAUUCGACAGGCACUCAAUUUUGACGCCAGGUUUGCCGUCGAGGGCGGCACGGCAGCAGAGAACCUGGCCAAGCAGAACAUUCAGGCCCGCAACCGCAUGGUGGUCGCCUACGAGUUGGCGCAGCUGAGCACAACAGCACGAAAGCUGCCCCGUGCGGGAGCAAGCUUGUUGGUGUUGUCGUCUGGUAAUGUCGACGAAGCCCUCCGCGGCUACGUCACCAAGUACGACGCCAGUUCUGGCGAUCUGGCGCCGCUUGGCAGUAUUUCCAAGUCAGAUGCCAAGUCGUUCCUGGCUUGGGUACGCGAUCAGUGGAGUUUGCCGAUUAUUACAGAGUUUUUGGAGGCUCGUCCGUCGGCAGAACUGCUUCCUUUGUCUGUUGGCGAGCAGGACGACGAGUCGGAGUCGGAGAUGGGCAUGACGUAUGACGAGCUCAGCAAGUUUGGUAUUCUGCGUAAGGUUGAAAAGUUUGGCCCAUGGUCCAUGUACUUGCGUCUCUUGGUGGACUGGGAAGAUCGUAACUUGACGCCGACGCAGAUUGCGGGCAAGGUGAUGCGCUUCUUCCGCUUCUACGCUAUGAACCGUCAUAAGAGCACAGUGCUGACACCCAGUGUACACUUGAGUGGCUAUAUCCCGGAUGAUAACCGCCACGACUUGCGCCCGUACUUGUAUGUCAUCAACUUUCCGUGGCAGUUUGCCAAGAUUCAAGAGCAUGCGGCUGCACUAGAGGAGGCACGUUCCAAGAAGUAA